AUGGACGGCGAGCACCGCGGCAGCCGCACCGAGUACAUCCACUGGAUACAGGACGUGCCGGACCAGAAGCACAUCGUGGCGCAGUACUGCCGCUACGCCGGCGAGGUCAAGACGGGCGCCAACGUCAAGCAAAUGGUCAACCGCGCGCUGCAGUUUGCCAAGUCGGCGCCCCAGGGCCCCGUGUACCUGUGCGGCGCGCGCGAGAUCAUGGAGGCGGACAUUGGGCCGUACCGCCUCAAGCAGGAGGACUGGGAGCCGGUCCGGCUCGGCGGUCUUGCCGAGAGCGGCGUGGCCAGGAUUGGUAAUUGUCGUCGUCGACUGCGACGUUCCCUGGGUCCCGACGCUGUGCAGGCCCAAGGACGGCGCGGCCGUGUUCCACGUCGACGUCGACCCGUUGAAGCAGCUCAUGCCCACGUUAUCACGGCGGCUCUCAGGACCGGCGACGCGGCCGCGAAGCUCCAGGCGGCGGAUGGCAGGGAACACGCCGGCAGAGUGCAGGCAGAGCACAAGCAGCUCCUGGCUAGCAUCCAGGACAAGGCGGAGCCGCGGCCGGACGGGAGCUUUGGCACGGGUCACCUGUGCCGCACGCUCAAGUCGCUGUGUCCAGAGGACACCAUCUACGCCGUCGAGGCAGUCACAAACGCCAGCUUCGUCCACGACAACAUCCAGCCCACCUUCCCCGGGUCCUGGAUCAACUGCGGCGGCGGCGGGCUGGGCUGGUCUGGCGGCGCGGCGCUGGGCAUCAAGCUCGCCACCGAGGCCGAGAGCCCCCCGGGCAGGGGCAAGUUUGUCGUGCAGAUUGUCGGCGACGGGACGUACUUGUUCAGCGUCCCCGGGAGCGUGUACUGGAUCUCGAAGCGGUACAACAUUCCCGUUCUUACGAUUGUGCUGGACAAUAAGGGUAAUCAUGGCUAA